AUGAAGUGCGGCCGGAAAAGGUGUCGAGAUGGAGGAAGCGAGCGGCCAAUGCAAUGGAUGAGUGGCCGCGAGACUGCGGGUGAGGGCGAAGACGACGACGAUGAUGAUGAUAAAAGUGACGGUGACGGUGACGGUGACGGUGACGAUGACGGUGACGGUGACGGUGACGGUGACGGUGACGGUGACGGUGACGAUGACGGUGACGAUGACGGUGACGGUGACGACGAGCGGACGGAGACAGCGCCGAGCGGAAGAAGCGGCCAGAAAACACGAAAGGGUAACGUGAAUGAUACUUUAAACUAUGAAAGUCUGCCGACGCCGUCCAAUGCGCCGCCGCUCGAGAACGCAAAGCCGAGAUUUGUAGAAUCCAGCAAGGGAGCCCAAGUCACAGUCACAGUCACAGUCACAGUCACAAUCACAAUCACAGUUACAGUCACAGUCUCAGUGACUGUCGCAAUGGCACAGUCACGCUUCUGCCACUCGUGA